AUGCGGGCAUUUCACAAUGUUUCUUUGCAAUUAAUAUUGCUUGCAUUUGCAAGCUUAGUUCGAUCAUUUCGAUUCACGAACACGGCCUUUAAUCCCGUAUUAGGACAGCAAUUUACGAUCACCUGGAUUGAUUCAACCGGAUCCGUUAACCUCCAUCUAGCACCCAUUCAAUACUAUAAUGAAAGUGUUUCGCUAGCCGGCGCAGUAUCGAUAGGAGUUGCUACAUCGGGAAAUUCAUUGACUUGGACUCCGGAUAAUUCACUUCGAGAUGGAGUUUAUAAGAUAUUUUGGGUUCCUUCAGAUAAUACUCAGCCUGAAGUGGACAGUCCGACAUUCACGCUCGGUCAAAUGUCUGUUGGCUCUUCUACCAAUACAAGCAGCGCAAAUCACAGUCAGGCUAGUUCGAUCGGCGCAAAUUCAACCGCUUCACCCACUGAAACAUCUACCCCCACCGCAGAAAAUGGGGGAGCAGCUUCAGCUUUGACUUCACCAAUGAGCACUCAGUCCGCAUCCAAUUCCUCCAAUUCCCUCACCAACACCAUAAAAAUCAGCAUCUCUGUGAGCAUAAUCCUUGGCGUAACACUCAUCAUGGUCAUCGCCUUUAUACUCAUCCGACGUCGCCGCUAUCUAGCGUCCACGCCUCGGACAAAGAGACAACUCACUACGAAAGAAAUCGCAGAUGAUAAUGAUUCUUGGGAUGGAGAACGUCAGUUUAAACCCGAAUUACCUAUUGAAUCAGAGGCUGCGACAAGAUCCUAUGUUGAUUUAGUGAAGAAGAAACAUGUGAGUGUUAAUGCGGAGCCGGUGGAGAUGGAUGCGUAUUUUGUUGAGAAGGAUGUGAAAAGUGGGAAUGAGAUGGAUGAGCGGAACAACAGACGGAAGACAAGAGAAUCAGAUGUGGGACUGGGACUAGGAUUGGGAGACGUAGAAGAGCUGGUUGAACCACGAGAGUUGGAUGUGGGAAAUUUCGGAACGAUCUAUGGUGAAGGAAAAAUUGGCCAUCGGUUUAACGUGCGAGAUAAUGUUAAUAUUAUUGGAAUAUAA